AGAACGGCCGGAAAAGGGAAGUUUUGGGCGGUGCGUGGCUGCCUGGCCUCCCCUUCCGCCGCCUGCUCCGCCCCGGUUGCUGCGGAGCGGGGCGGCCGCGCAGGUGGGAGCCAGCGGUGUCCCUGUGCCCCCGGGGCUGCCUUCCCAACAACGCCGCCUGCAGCCCUUGGGCUCGACUCAGGGCCGAGGCUUUAGGCAGUUUUCGGCAUGGCAGUGGACUGGCUCGGUUUUGGCUACGCCGCCCUGGUGGCAUCAGGAGGGAUCAUUGGCUAUGCGAAAGCAGGUAGUGUUCCAUCACUAGCUGCUGGCCUUUUCUUUGGGAGUUUGGCUGGACUGGGUGCUUAUCAGGUCUCACAGAAUCCAAAUAACAUUUGGGUUUCUCUGAUUACAUCUGGAGCACUGACUGCUGUCAUGGGAACAAGAUUUUACCACUCCAGAAAAUUCAUGCCUGCAGGGCUAAUUGCUGGUGUCAGUUUGUUAAUGGUUGGAAGAUUAGCACUGAAGAUGUUGGAAAAGCCGCAGGAAAAAUAACCGUUAAUUUUACUUCUUAGUAUUUGGAAAAGGAGACCUGAUCAUGAAAUUGCACGAAUGCAGAAGUGAGAAGAUGGAAAAAUUUUCUGCAUCAAGACAUUUUUUAAUCUUUUUUUAUAAGGGGGAGUACAAUGAUGGGACAGAUAGUUUAUAUACAAGGUAGAGCUGUUUGUGUAUGGAGAGAAAUGGGUCCUGGGUUUGAUUUUUCUGGCAUGUUUCAAUGUAUUUUAACACUUACAUGUUUUUAUAUUCCAAAAUAUACUUCUGGCAUGUAUGAAGCAGAGAGAAAAUAUCCUGUAAUUAAGAAAAUAUCCACAAAGAGGCACCAGGACUAACUGGCUAAAUACAAUAGUGUGUCUCAAACUUUUACACUGAGUAUUAUGGUGUGCUUUACUUGUUGCAUUCUGAAUUGAUAUACCAUGUCUUUAUAAUGUCCAUCAAAUCUUGCCUUUUUAUUGUGAAAUGAUGCUAAAAUGAUGCUUUUCUAUAAGUAAAAUUUGUUACAAACCUUUA